AUGGGCUCGUCGUCCUCUAAAGUCGCCAGAGGCGCAGCGCGAAAGUAUCCUGCUCGAGCACCGGGAGCUGCAGUUCCCGAGGCAGUAGCUCGCCAACCAAGGGCAGAAGUCCCCAAAGCCCAGUCCAAGACUCUAGGGAGCAGCGAAAAAGAUGAAGCUAUUCGAGCUGAUGCUACAGACCCAGAUUUCCCUACUGGCGACUUCUCGCGCCGUCUACACCAGAUGGGCAUUGCCGAUUCGAACCCUACCUACUCACCCUCGUCUACUGCUGCGACACCCCUCGGACCAACGGCGCCUUCGGGUCCUCACUUUGCGCCGAGUCGAAACAACCCAACGCUUGUUGCGCUUGGAGCUCGAGACCGACUACAAGACGAGGCGGAGGAAGAUUUCGCAAACAUGGGACGUGGUGGCCGACGCCUCCUCGACAUGAGGACAAUGGUAGAUGCUAUGAAGUUUCGUGAUCGAGGUAUCCCCGAAAAGGAUAUUGAGGCGAAACUACGGAUACAGCCUGGGCUAUUGAGUAAGCUUGGCCAGAAAAAGACGUUCUCGCAUGUGACAAGUCCCAAUUGA